GACAAAUUCCCAAAAUUUAAAAAAAUUUGAAAGUAUUUUUUAAUUUACAAGGAUAAUUGGGUAGAUAUGAGAUGAAUAACACAUCACAGUUGUGAACAGAGAAUUAGAAAAGUGAGAUGGAUGACGUAGGGGCAUCUGAGAGGCCUCGGCCACAACCACGUCCAAGAAAAUCAUCAGAAUUGCUUCAGCCUAUACCUGCAGUAGAUUCACCCGAAACACAAGACCAAGGCCCUCCUGUUAUGAAGGACACUCACGAUCCAUCUAUUACAGACAAUGAUCCUCCGUUGGAUUCUCCAAAAAGUUUUAAAAAAGGAAAAGGCAAGAAGAAAUCAAGCUUAGCUAGGCUUGCUGCCAAGAAGAAAUUGUCGGGAUCUGAUUGUGAUAGUGAUAUGGGAUCGAAAGGUUCAUUAAAGUCACCAAGGUUGACUGAAGCCAAAACAACAGACCAUGUUGUUUCACACAAGAACAAUGGAGUCCAAUCAGAGGAUAUGGCAGCUGAAAGUAAUGACACUACCUUUGGUCAAGGAUCAACAAACAUUAGUUUUGAUCCAUUAAAUGUACACGCAACCCCAAGAAACACUUCAAAAUUAGCUUCUGAUUUCAAUAAAUCAAAUUUUGAUAAGUCGCCAAGGAUUAAUGAAGACACUUUAGAUGACAUUGUUAGGGGUGAAUCAACACCCAGUGCUCCAAGGACUCAGAUGAAAGCUACAAUUGAAGAUGAUGAUGAUGAUGGUAUUGAAAUGGAUGAUGAUAAUACUGAUAAGAUAGAUGAUACUCAUAAAG